AACUUCAAAUCGCCGGAAAUGACUCAGUGCCUUUCCUGUAUUAUCGCCGACAAUAGUUACUCUAUUUCCAGUGCUUUCAUAUAUCUGUGCAUUAUGUUGCGGCUUAGAUGUAAAACCCGAGAGGGUACCCAGCUCCUACAAGGUCUCACAGACCGCUCCAGUAUCCGGGAGUUGCAGGAGCGCAUAGCAGGUCUUACAGGUAUUUCAGGGCCCCAGCAGCGCGUUAUGGUGGGCUUUCCCCCUGCUUCCCUGGACUUGAGCGACGGAGAGGCGACACUAAAAAAUCUGCCCAUCAAAUCUGGGGACACACUUAUUGUGGAAGAAGAUAAAAGUAAGCUGAAAUCAGAAAUUCCGCCAGUUUCCAAAACUGACCUUGGUAAUUGGAAUGCACCAGCACAGCCAACAAUUGUCCGGAGGGUAGUUCCAGCAGAUAAUUCAUGUCUGUUCACAAGCAUUUAUUAUGUGGUAGAAGGGGGUGUUUAUGACCCGGCAUGUGCCCCAGAAAUGCGCAACCUCAUUGCGGAGAUUGUGGCCAGUGACCCAUCUACUUACUGUGAGGCUGUUCUUGGGAAAAGUAAUGAGGAAUAUUGCACAUGGAUUAGAAGAGAAGACACAUGGGGAGGUGCUAUUGAAGUUUCCAUUCUAUCCAAAUUCUACCAGUGUGAGAUUUGUGUGGUAGACACUCAGACUGUACGGAUAGAUAGAUUUGGGGAAGAUUCUGGUUACACUAAACGAGUUUUACUCAUUUAUGAUGGUAUCCACUAUGAUCCAUUACAACGUCUGUUUGCAGAUCUUGACAUGCCUCCAAUGACUGUCUUUUCGACAACAGAUGAUGAGGCUCUUGUCCAGGCUAUGGAGCUUGCAGAUGAUGCUAGGAAGAAGAGGCAGUUUACAGACGUAAACCAAUUUGCAUUGCGUUGUAUGGUGUGUCAGAAAGGGUUGACUGGGCAAUCAGCUGCAAGGGAUCAUGCUAAGGAGACAGGGCACACAAAUUUUGGUGAGGUGUGACAUCAGACAGCUUUAUGACUGCUUUAUGAGUCAAUGUCAACUACCUCACACAAACUAAAACCUAGGUCCAUGUAAAGCAAAACCUGGUUUUACUGUUUAUAUUAACAACCCCCCCCAAUACAAAAAAGGAACACAAGAUUGUAGCUGCAAACAAACAGCAUUGCUUUGAUGAUCUGAAAUUUUCAUUGGCAGAUAGUAUGGCAGUAAACUAGUUUAUGGUAGAGGUGUUUGAUUCUCUAGCUAAGUAUUUGUUCCAAUAAGAAGAAAAUACCCCCUCACUUAGUAUCGCUUAGUAAUAUAUGCAUGAUUCUAAAGUAUUUAUUCCAAUUCAACAUAGGUCAAAUUAUAUUUAAAAUUUCUGCUUUAGUUUAAGUUUACCUUAAGUUUUUGAGUACUUUUGUGCAAUUGGAUAUGCUAAUGAUUCAAAGUUUACAAAAUGACAAGUACUGUAAAUAAAUACAACCAACUUGCAUUAGAAUAUCAUUUGAACUUCUUAAAAACAUAAAUAUAUAUUUACACCCUAGCACACACAACGUAUAUAGCCACUUUCCUCAGAGAAAGUAGUCUGCAUGUGGUUACUAUAAACUGGAAGGUCACUGUGCUGCUUGCACUAUAUGCUUAAUUGUGAUGCCAUCACAAUCUCAGAGAAUGCUGCCUAUGUUCAUUAUGAAGCUAAUUUUAAACAUGUAAGUUACAGAAGCUGGUAUUUAUUAAAUUUAUCUAACGUGCUGUAUUUUAUUUAAGGUUGUGUUCCCUAAUGAUGGUAGGUUUCUAGGGAUCUGCUGGUGCUGUUACGUUUUACAGAAAUUGGUACUGACAUUUUUUUGUUUAAGCUGUUUUACUUAGUGAAGCCAUAAUGGCACAUGUGGACUUCAGCUGCCUCUCUCUGCUUGCCACUUCUUUCCAUUUGUGCAGUAGAAGUGAUAAGUGGACCUCUUCUAUGGAACAGGAGAGUUAGCAUUUUUAGAUCAAAAGUCCACUUGGCAAAUGCUGCAUGUCCUUUAUUUACCAUGUUCCCCAUAACUUGCUUUGAAAAGUGUAGACAGGAGUAGUGGGUUAUUUUGAUUGCAUUUUCUAGGUUGCUCCUUACUGAAUAGUUUGUCUAGAUUGGGGCAAAGGAACCACAUUAUUUGUGUCUUGGAAGGCACAUGGCAUCUCCCAGAGUUUUACAGCUUUAUCUGAACUCUGCAGUAUUGUGGUUUUCUGUUGCUUAUGCUGCCCAGUGUGUCGCCCUGGUAUGAACAAGGCUGACCCUAUGUUCCCCCACUGACAAGUAAAUAUUGCUCAUCUUUACCAGUGAGUGUUUUGGAAAUACUCCGUGUCAUUAGCAGGUAAUUAGAAAUCAUAGGAGCUGAUACAAUAUAAAACAAACUCCUGGGCCCAACCAUGCAGUUUUAUCUUUCUAGGCAAGUAAUUCAAUCAUUAAGAUAAUAAAUUCUAGGUAUUAAAAAAUGCACGUUUAUCACUUGAUAACUAUGCAAUUAGUUUUUAGUUUUAUUUGUAAUUCUUUUUUUGGUAGUGUUCACAUUUUUAACAUGUACCCUUAUACUCUUUAAAUGACCAGUAACAAAGCAAUUAAAAAAAAACACUAUAUACAUUUAUAAAUGUAUAUCUGUCAAUUUCAGCAGUUAUCAAUUAGAUAUUGGUAGCAACAGUUCUAUUUUGUAUUAAACCGAUUUUAUUCUUUAGGUAUAUACAAAGCCAUAAAUGCCUAUCACAGUGAACGCUCUACAGAUUUUGAAUGCACAAUUUUUAAAAAUUCAUUAUUUUGAAAUGUA